AAAUGCCAUUACACGAUGAGCCAGCCGAAUAAUACCGCGCAACCGCGAAAGAAACUUGCAAAGUGUACUUCGACUUCGGCGUCGGGGCAAAAUAGCAAUCACAAAUUGAAAAGAAUUGCUUCGACAUCGACUUAUAUAGUGAACAACGAGGAAGGACAGGAACGCGCCAAAAGCGCCACGUUAGAAAAUGCAAGCGUUGAUCCGAGGAAAAACAGAAAUCUUGUCAACAAAAGAGUUGAUAAAACGACUUCCAGCACGACAGUUAACGGCGGUAGAAAGUUUUGGAAUCCUUGCAACGCCAAACCAUCGAACCUUUUUUUGCCAGAUCAUUCUAUCAUCGAAGAAGAAAGUGAGGUGAUAAGUGCAUUGACGAAGCAGUUGUACCUAGUCGAGUCCCAGAUGCACAAGGUGCAGAGCAGCCUGAGAAGAAGCGAGGAACAGUUGAGGUCGAAGGACCAAGAGAUCGGUCGUCUGAAACGGAAGGUCAAGGAGUGGGAAACCAAGAGCAAGAACCAGGAGACCCUGAGGAAGAAGGAGCAGCAACAACGACGCGUUCAAACCGACCGCUCGGAUUACCUUUACAGUCAAUGCCUCAUGUUGGAGCACAGAAUCUAUGAGAUGGAGAAAUUCUUGGCCGAUUACGGUCUGAUCUGGGUCGGCGAUACGAACAGCCCGAAGUGCCAUGAACCGGUCGCCAAUAAUUACAUCGGGCCUUGUUACGAGCAGAUUAUCGCGAACAUCGAUCAGCUCAACUUGGCCGCGGGAAAGGGCGAAGUUCACGUGCAGCACAACGAAAAAGGAAACGGAGCCACGUUCAAAACCCCUUCUUGCAUGUCUUUAAAAUUCUACAAAAAUGGAAUGAUAGUUCAAGACGGCCUAUUGCGCCCUUACGACGAUCCAGCGACGGAAUCGUUCCUUCGUGAUAUUUUGGACGGUUAUUUCCCUUCCGAGUUGCAACAGGCCUACCCCAAUGGAGUGCCUUUCAAGGUAGAAGAUCAUAGACAUCAAAUGUACUUGGGCAGUACUGCCGACUUUCCAGGACAAGGUUAUCGGCUGGGAAAGCAACCACCAGCUGAUAAUAACUCGCUCUUAUCGAGUAGAACUCGUAGACCAGGCACCGCGUCUCAGAAGUCGAGUCGUCGUCCUUCUCUUACGAAGGACAAUCUUUCCAGCAACGACUGUUCUACUCCAUUGGUACCUUCGACUGCCAGGUCGUUAAAAUCGAAAAGUCCAUCGGUCGAUACUCCGCCAAUCGAGAUGUACAUUCUUCGUUCGCAAAUUCUUGCAUCGCACAAUAAUAAUUGCUCCGACACGCAUUUGCAAUCGCACAUUAACGCCGAACUGGGUUUGAGUAGCCGAAAAGAGAAGAGAGAUCUGGCUACGAAGACUGCAGACUUUGACGUCACCGUUAGAGAGGGGCUUCCGAAAUCCAGAGGUGUGUUAAGGUUUCCAAGUUCUGGAAGGUGUUACCACGGUUCGACCGAUAGAAGUUCGUCACGACCAUCCCCCAGUCGAUUCGAGAACACAGAAGAUCGCACUCGACAGCGAACGAGAUCCGCCAGCUUGCCAAGCUCUCGUAUGUCCGUGAAUCCUAAACCCAUAACGAGAACUAAACCAGCCACGGAUUUUGCCAAAGUCGACGCCACACGAUUCUCGAAUUUGCGAACGACGAACAGUGCAACUAAACGAAAUCCACGCGUUACGAAAUCAGCUGCGCCAGUCAGAAAGAACGCGCCGCCAAUUUUACAUCAGAUCAACGAACCAUCGGGAACGCCAGGAGAACUCCGACUGAAAGUCAGGUCCCUGAACGGUGGUACAGUUUACUUGGUGCACGUAUCCGCCGAUGAACCGAUAGCUCAACUUUACCACCUGCUAGACAGAGCCAUGUCGAGAACUGUUCCUCGCGGAUACAAAAUCGUUCUCAGCGGUUACUCGCCGAGGAGAUUGGAGCAUCUAGGAACUACUCUAAGGGAAAUCGGUAUCACCAGGGACAGCGUCCUACAUUUAGUGAACGACUGAUGAUCGCGGAACGGAAGACUUUUAAUCGUAAGAAACUGUAACAGAUUCUUGUGUACAUAUUGCUGUAGAGAAAUGUCAAAAACUAUUCGUUUGUCAGAAAUAUAUUGAAUUCACUUAAUACCUUAAUUUGCUAUAAGGAAAAAAUAUACAGAACUGGAGUGCAUGAGUAGAGAAAGAAAAGUGAAAGGUGAUUGCUUCGCAAAGUAAACUCGAAGUAAUAGAGUCUAAGAUCUGAUCUAAUAGAUCACUGAUAUUUAAUAAUUUGAACCAUUUAUGAAUUAUCUGAAACCAUUAUUGAUUCCAAAAAUUAAUAUAGUAGUUACUUUAGUAUGGUAUCGCGACCAAAAUUCUUAUUCGUCGUUAAAUAAACGUUACGUUUCAUGUCACGAAGAGGGAACCUUUGAAAAUUAGUGGAAGUGGUUAGAGAUUUUGAUUGCUCGUAUCGUUGCAUGGUAAGCGUGGCCACGAGACCUAUCUUUCCAGUGAUAGGUACAAGAAUUGCUUGAAAUUUAUUUUACCACUAUCGGAUACAUGACCUCGUUGGUACAAGGAGCUGUGUAACUGGUGUUUGUUCUAUUAAUAUGUAGCAACUAUGAGUGAUGUCGUAAAUACACUGCUGUAAACACGACUCAACGUAACAGCCUUGUAAUUAACCUCGAGACACCACCCAUUUCGUACCUUGAAGGCAGGUUGAUUUAUGUUCACCCGGUUGACCAAGCACUUAAGUGCACGCAUUUGUCCCUAAGACGCUCAGUGAAUUCCAUCGUGAUAAUGAACCUUGCAUUUGAUUCACUGCUGAACGAUUGCAAGCACAUUAAGAUAAUAGCCAUUGGAUGAUAAGCUUCAGAAGACAAUAGUCUUCGGAGGAUACAUUUGUGAAUAUAAUAGUUUGUAGACGACGGACUUCAGAAAGGGACACUUUAGGGGACACAUUUCUAUGUCAUGUUUUGAGGGACGGAGAACGAUGAUCAGGUGAAUGAAAAUAUGAUCAAAUCAAUUUUUAGAAGGUAGACAUUCUUUGUGUAUAUACAUUUUUUCGCAGAAAUAUUUUUAAUUUUAAUUUCUAUUUUAAUAUAAAUGUCAAUAUAGCACAGAAUAUUACAAAAAAUGAUUGCAAUGUUAGAAAUUUUAAUUUAUAUUGGACUACAUAUUAUGACCACAUGGCUGUGCAAUAUUGCGUCGAACAUAUUUGUAAAAUAUUCUACCAAGAUUUAAUUGCAACUCUAUAUUAAUAACAU